CUAAGUGCAUGUUGUAAGUGCAUCUCUCUGUCUCUCCAUAUGUUUAGGGAAAUUACACUAUUUUGCCCCUUGAACAAACUUUAGCAUACAUGACAUACUUUCUAAUAAUCUUUGUGCUACUGGAGCUUUUGUUUUUGCUAAACUUUCUCUUUUUAACUGGUUUAUUAAAUAAAACUGAUGAUAAUCAAGACAGUGAAACAUAGUGCUACUUUUCUGGGUUUUCAUGUCAGGUCUUGUCCUAUAAUUUUAAUAGAGAUUAUGUUUAACAAUAGUUUUUACUAUUACUCUUAUCCUUUUUACUCUUUUCCAAUGUCUUUCAUUCAGGUGUGAAAAUGAUGGAAUUCCAAAAAUACUGACACUCUAUAGCACUCCACAGCCUACAUUAUCUCUUCUCUCUCUCUCUCUCUCUCUCUCUCUCUCUCUCUCUCUCUCUCUCUCUCUCUCUCUCUCUCUCUCUCUAUCUCUCUGUCAUAUAACCAAAUUUAUCCCAAUUUCUUAUCCCAUGUUAUGGAAUGAUCAGUGCAAUAAUUAUAGGAUUGAAUUAGAAUUAAAGAUGUCUAUAAUGGAUGUGUUUUAUAAAUAAAUAUCUUUAUCAUCAUCUCCACGCAUAUAUAAUUUUAUUCCCCAAUUUUAUUAGAUGUCCUUGUAAUAACUUUCCAUGAGUAUUUAAAGCAGCUGGUUCAGCAACAUGUACUUACUUUAUGUUGUACUUUGUGUUGUUCUGACCCAAAGGCUUUUAAUAAUAAUGUCUUUUACCAAGAUUAUAAAAAAGAAGUUUGCUUAUAGCUUAUUUUUUUAGAUUGUAAAUUUUAUUUAUUUAAGUGACAGUUUUGAAUUUUUGUUUUGUUUAACUUUGAUUUGAUUUAUCUGUAAUCAGCAGUGCUGUAAAAUUCUUUUAUCUCGAUUCACAUGUUCUACUAAAAAUAUACAAUAAAAAUCAACCGUGAUUUACGAGCAUUUGAAGGUUUUUAUAGAUUUAUUAGCAAUAUAUUAUUAGGAUAUUAUUUUAUCUUAUUAACUAGUUGGUCAUUAGACUUAUUGAUUGUUAGACUAAAACCAUCGGUGAUAUAAAAUAUCAGAUAUGAUAAAGUUAAAGUAUCCUCACUGUUUUGUUUGGGGUUGAGUUUCUGUCAGAGGUUCUUCCUCUUGUACUCUAAUUAUUUGGUACACAGUCACUAAUAGCUAUUCUUCUGUAAAAGACUAAAAUACUUGUGAUUUGAGAAUGAAUUAAUUUCAGCAGAGAGCAGAACAAUAUGAUACAACAAUACUGUACAUCUCGUUAAAGCCUCUGACACUGUAGGAAUAUGGGCUGUGUGACUGAGAGUGAAAUGUAGUGAAUUAACGUUUGAAUUAUAACUGUAGAAAUAUGCACAUUAUGUAGCAGAAGUGAAUAAUGUUUUUUUAAAUAAUCGUGUUAGUCUCGUUCUCUCUUUCCCUCCUCCCCUUUCAGGGUUGCCAUAACAUUUAACUCAACCUGCUGUAGGAUGUUUUUUCUUUACCUGCCAAAUUUGAGAUUAAUAUCGGUGUCUAUUUAAUAUUUAAGAAUUGUUUAAGAUUUUAAGCUUUUUUAUAGACUGUUUUUCUUGUAACUACUGGUUUAGUUUUAAUUUUAUACAAACCCAGUGACAAACACCUGGCAACUCAGUUCUUACUUCAGCAGAAAUGAAAGUUAAACUAAUCUGUUCCUGUUCAGUCAGGAAGUGGAUCUGUUUCAUCUGCGUUUGAGGGUUUUUACGUCUUCAUGUGCAGGAUUAUUAUCAUUACCUGUUUUGAGAACCUUUGUGUGUUUAUUUUGUGCAAUAUAAAUCAGGUGAGUCAUUUAUUCAGACCCAGCUGUGUUUCACAGGGCUUUUAUUAACUGAGCCAGGAAGUGUGAGCUGUUGUAAGUGACUGGGUAAAAUGGCAGAAGCGAAUAUUUUAGGACUUCAAGAUCAGUUCAGCUGUCCAGUCUGUCUGGAUCUAGUCAAGGACCCAGUAUCUCUUUCAUGCGGACACAGUUUCUGUAUGGUCUGUAUUAAUGGCUGCUGGGAUCAGGAGGAUCAGCAGGGAGUCUAUAGCUGUCCUCAGUGUAGACAAACCUUCACUCCAAGACCUGUUGUAAGUAAAAACACCAUGCUGGCUGAAGUAGUGGAGACACUGAAGAAGACAGGACUCCAAGCUACACGUCCUGCUCAGUGUUUAGCUGGACCUAAAGAUGUGGAGUGUGAUUCCUGCACUGGGAGAAAAUCCAAAGCCAUCAAGUCCUGCCUGGUGUGUCUGGCCUCUUUCUGUGAAACUCAUCUCCAGCCUCACUAUAAAUCUCCUGCCUUUAAGAAGCACAAGCUGGUCGAAGCCUCCAGACGAAUCCAGGAUCAGAUCUGCUCUCAGCAUGACAAACUGCUGGAGGUUUACUGUCGCACUGACCAGCAGUGUAUCUGCACGCUGUGUACUAUGGAUGAACAUAAAGGACAUGAUACAGUAUCAGCUACAACAGGGAAAGCUGAGAAACAGAAUCAGAUGUUGAAGUUGCAGCAAAAAAUCCAGGCGAGAGAGAAGGAGAUUCAGGAGCUAACAAAGAUUGUGGAGUCUCACAAGCACGUUGCACAGAAUGCAGUUCAGGAAACUGAGAGAAUCUUUUCUGAUCUGAUCAAAUCUAUUCAUAUAAGAGGCUCUGAGGUGAUAGCACAGAUCACAGCUAAGAUGAAAGCUGCAGUGAGUCAAGCUGAAGAAAUCAUGAAAAAACUUGAGCAUGAGAUUGCAGAGUUGAAGAAGAGAGAUGCUCAGAUGAAGGAGCUUUUACAUACAGAAGAUCCCAUCCAUUUCCUGCAGUUGUCUCAGGCUUUUGUGCCCGCUCCUGCAAACACAGCUGUAAUCUCAUUUAAAGAUGCAGUAGAUUCUUUGUCUCCCUUAAAAGUGAAUCUGGAGCCAUGCUACAAAGAGCAGCUUGAAAAGUUAUCAAGAGAAGUGAAGAAUAUUGUGAUCCUGACACCCCAAAAUAGAGAGGACUUUCUACAAUAUACCUGUCAGCUCACACUGGAUCCAAACACAGCAAAUGAACAACUUAAACUGUCUGAUUCAAACAGAAUGGUAACUGACACAGGCGUCCAAUCACAUUCUAUGUAUGGUUAUGGUCAACAGAACUAUAGACAUCAAGUGUCAGACAGUCUUGUAUGUCAAUCCAAGGUGUUGUGUAGAGAGAGUGUGUCUGGAGCCUGUUACUGGGAGGUUGAGUGGAGUGGGGGUAAUGGGGUUCAUAUAGCAGUGUCUUAUGAUAACAUCAGCAGGAAUGGACGCAGUAAUGCAUGUGUGUUUGGAAAUAAUGAUACAUCAUGGAGUUUGCUGUGCCAGUCAUCUGGUUACUCAUUCUUACACAACAGGCAAAAAACUAAUAUACCCACUAAAAUCCCCAUGAGCUCCACCUCCUCUACAAUAGGGGUGUUUGUGAAUCACAAAGCAGGAACUCUGUCUUUCUACAGCAUCUCUGACACGAUGAAGCUCCUCCACAAAGUUCACACCACAUUCACUCAGCAUCUUUACCCUGGAUUUGGCCUAAAUCCAUAUUCAACAGUAAAACUGUGCUACCAAAAAAGAUGAUUUUGAAAUAGAUUAUACCUGAUUGAAAGCCAUGCUGCAUGCUACCUUUAAAAAUAACACAUUCACAAUGGAAAGAAAUUUAAAAGCUGAUGUCUUGUUUAAAGUCUAUAUUUCUAUUUUAAAAAAUUAAUAACUUGAAAUGCAAUUAACUCAUUUUAUGCUCGUAAAAAUAGAAUUAAAAGGUAUAGUCUAGUGUUCAAAUCUACUACUGUAAAGUAGUUUUCUUCACUUUGUCCUUGAUUUGCUUGAUAUAAAUAUCCUGCAGUGCCAGAAACAUCAUUACAGUAAUGCAUUGUUUAGCAUUAGUGCCUCUGCCUCAAAAGGGAAGUGUGCUGUUCCUGUAACAGAAUACUAAAAUACAAGCAUUACUAAAAUGCAGUGGUACAAAUUUUUGAGAUUUUUUUCAGUGUGAAGAGGUAGUAGUACAGGCGUUGUUGUACAUUCUUCACUUCACUAGCGUAUGAGUAUCAUCUGAAAUCCUCAGAGAUGUGUGUUAAGGUAAACUCCCUAUAGGGUUCACACUUCCUCCAUGUAGACCCAUUCAUUAUUACUGGUGAUAAGAAUUGGUGCACUGGUGUAAUAAACAGUGGUAGGUUGCUGGUUAAAAUCUUACUAAGGAUUGAAUGGGUUUCAAUUCAAAUACCCUGCCUUCCAAGAUGUCACUAGACAAACACACAACUGCUCAGUUGUAUGAAAACUCUAAUAAAUGGAAGUUGUUCUCUAACAUGUCAGCUGUUUGUAGUGAUAAAGAUUUGUGCAUGAUUGAGAAACUUGGAUGAUGUUUAAUGGGGCUGUGGUAUAUUAAGUGUAAAUAAUGACUCAAGCAAGAUCCUGCACACAAGCACAUCCCUCUGGUAACCCAGCCUGCUUUACAUUAAUUGUACAUGUAAUAAAUGCUUCCAUAGUGAAGAGGAUUCAGAAGCGUACAGUCAUCAGGAAAUAAUCAAGAAGGUUCCCAGCCCAAAGCAGCAAUUCAGCUUGUACUUUAUUACACAAUUGAUUUAUUUCUGAGCUAAUAAAUACCCACAUCUGUAUAUUCCAUGAGUGUAUUGAUGCUUUAUUGCUAACGCUGUUCAAACUUCAUUUUAAAACAAUUUUCAAAAUCAUGAUUCUCAAUGUUCUAUUUUAUUGUUAUAACUUUAACUCUUAAAAAAAAUCCAACUUAUUUUCCUUUUACUAUAAUUAUCAGUGAUACAUGUUUUGAUUUUUGAUGCUUUUUUUACUUGGAGAAGAAUUCAGUGUGACUAGAUUUUACAGAAACGACUAUGCAACAUAGAGAAAUUUCACACCAUUUAGGUUCCAAUCAUGUUCAAAUCUAACGAGUAAAUCCAAUGUGUUCUGUAUUUUUCUGUUUGUUUUCUUUAUCUGUAUUUUUUUUAUUAUUAUUGUCUUUUACUGCCUGAAACUGUUCACGCUGUUUAAUAUCAGGUCAUAUAAACUAACAGAAAAAAACAGGGUUGCAGAUAAUGUUAUAUAAUGCAUUGGCAUCUCAUUUGUUGUUGAAAUGUACUUUACUAUGUUUAAUAAACUUUACUAGAAUUGCAGAACUAA